GAUUAUGAUAAGGUAUCUUCAACUGUCAAACAGUUUGCUAGAGACUGGAGUGCAGAAGGUGCAUUCGAAAGAAAUGAAAGUUACCAACUCAUAAUCGAUGAAUUGCAAAGAGUACUUCCUCUUUUUGGAGAAACUAACAAGUAUCGAGUGCUCACUCCUGGAGCUGGUCUCGGCCGUUUGACAUGGGAAAUUGCUAGAUUGGGAUAUGCCAGUCAAGGUAAUGAAUUCUCAUUUCAAAUGUUGCUAGCUAGUAAUUUUAUUUUGAAUCAUCCUUACAAAAUAUUUGAAGAAAACAAUCAGAGAAGAAUAGAACAAUUUCAAAUUUAUCCAUUCGUUACACAUCUUACUGAUCUCUAUUCUAGGACGGAUCAGCUCUAUUCUUUCAAUAUACCAGAUGUACAUCCUGGAUUAGAAUUAAAAGAGGGUGUAGAUUUUUCAAUGGUUGCUGGUGAUUUUGUGGACGUAUACAAGAAUGAAUCGCAGAAGGAAUCUUGGGACUGUAUUGCAACUUGCUUCUUUAUUGACACUGCUAAAAAUAUUUUUGAUUACCUUAACACUAUAUUUCAUUCAUUGAAAGAGGGAGGAUAUUGGAUUAAUUUGGGACCAUUAUUGUGGCAUUAUCAUGAAAUGGGAGAUAAUGGAUUUUCUAUUGAAUUAACUUAUGAGGAAAUUAAAUCAGUAAUGGAGGGAAUGGGAUUUGAAAUUGUAAAUGAAAAGGUCAAUAUUAAGAACACCUACAUUUCAUCAUUUGGAAACACAAGAAAAAUCAUGAGACAAACAGUUUAUGAUUGUGUCUUCUUUUGUGCUAGAAAGAAA